UCUAAAGGCAUUCGAAAGCUUCCGAGCAUUGCUAACUAGCUUAUAUGCUAACAAUCUCCGCAUGAAAACAGUCAGAUAAAAGCAAUGUGAUUGACAUUUAAAGAACAAUAGUACACUACGUGUAUGGAUAUUAAUAGGCAAGUGACAUGAUUUGAUAAAUAUUGACCUGUGCUGUUUGAUCAUUCUGGUUCGUGGAUGCCAUCUUCCUGACUGUCAACACAGAAGACUGAUCGAUGUUUGAUUGCUUUGGCCUGAGCUCAAAGUGCACAUAUUGAGUCGUUUGAUGGCGCUUUAUCAACCAACCGAAACAUUAAAUUAUAGUUAAAUAUCAAAGAAAUGUAACAUAUUUAAUCACUUUUCGCUCUUUUGGUCAUAGUUUCUGAAGUUUGGGGUAAAAAUAGAUCUGUUCACGACAUUCUGUAGUAGGCGCAAGCGAAAGCACUACAUAUCCCAUAGUUCUUAAAGUCAACGCAGUUCCCGUUUUCGAAACUGCCAAGCAAAGUGUCUCCUGUUGUCUGAAUUGUAAUUGUUAGACGUUUUUGCACAUAAUGGCGGAUCGGAAGCCGUGCAAGGUUUGCAACUUUACACGUCAGAAGUCAUAUGGCUUGGUGGUUCCCUCGCUUGAAGAGCUGAAGAUUAAAGGAAGUGAGUUUCUUGGUUUCACAACACAUGACCCAGUCACGGUGGUAUUAGAAGACGAUGGAACAAUAGUCAAGGAUGAGGCCUACUUUUGGUGUUUACCUUUAAACACAAAGUUUAUGCUGCUGCAUGAAAAGGAGACAUGGUCGCCGCUUCGCAGGGUUGAUGGUGGCACAGCAUGGAUGGCGAGGGAUUCUAUGAUGCUUGAGAGCGAUGUUGUGGAUGCCGCUCUUGUUGCUGCUCCAUGGUUGGACUUGGCCUUGCAGCUGAAGCAGGACCUGGCCAGUGUCAUCCUCAUGUCUGAGGAAGACUUACAGAGCUUAGUGGACGUCCCAUGCCCUGAGCUAGCUUCUGCUCUCGGCUUCCCAGAAAAAAAGACUGCAAAUCUUCAAGACACUUUUCAGAGGGUCUUGGACCGUCGGGAGGAGGAGAGGCAAUCCAAAGAGUUGCUGCAGCUAUUCCUCAAAACAGUGGAGAAAGAAGAAGGACAGCCACAGGAGGAGGCCGGUCAGGCCAGUAAGGAAGCAGUGGAUGUAAGUGUGGAUGUGCCUGAUGGGAUGGAGGUUGAUCAAGCAUCUGGAUUCAUUUCCAGGACUUUAAUGGUUCUGAAAGGCAAAACAAGUCCAGAAACCAGACUCUCAACUGAAGAUCUUCAGAUGGUAGUGGCCAAAGGGGUGGAAGUAAUGCAGCAGGUGCUCGGCUGGGACAAAGUUAGGACAUCAACGCUGCUUCAAGACUGCGAGUCCGAGCUAAACCGGCGUCUUCAGCAGGUCCAGGCCGUGCAGUCGAUGAGGGGCAACACGCCGCAGGGGGACAGCAACCAGUCAGCUAAUGAAAAGAAGGGAGACGAAAGUGAAGGAACGUUGCCUUAAAGGGGGAAGUAGUCUAUUGGCUCAGCUGUGCACAGACUCUCAACAGUUUACGCUGACCGCCUAAGGGCCAGCAAAAUGACUUCGCACUGGGGUACUGGUACUAUCGUUACAGCUGGAUUUAAAAUAAAUGCCAACAAGUUUGAUGUGUGUAGUAUUUGGUGCAACUUUAAAACCACUUAUAAAUGUUUUUGCCUCAAGUAAAAAUGGACAGAUUUUUACAAGACGUGUUUUUAUCCAACGUCUGAUAAUACCACGUGACAGAUAAGAUGCUAUGGGAAAAAAACAUGACAAAGGCCCCUGUGAAAUUUAAUGUGUUGCCAUCUUCUGACAUUAGAGGUUACAUUAUUCACUGUGGAGUGUGGCUUGUUAUUCUAAAUGUAAAGAACAUGAGCUUAGUGUUUCAGAUACAGAUUAGGUGUCUGUGUUGUAUUUCCUAAUUGCUGAUUGAGGCCAGUAAUCUUUAGAUAUUAAGUAUUUGUUUAAAGCUCAUCUGUUUAUUUUCCUAUUUAUUCAGAGAAGUCAGUUACAACUAUCCAUCCAUCCAUUACAUGAGCAACAGGUGAACAUGAAAAUUUCAUACUGGAAGGCCUAAUCAGAGAUAUAAACCAGUAAUUUUAGCUGUAUGUGCAACACUGUACUGGCUGAUAUUGAUCAACUUCUGAAAUAACUAUUUUGGGGUUUAGCUGUAAUGUAGAGACAUAGACAUCAUUACUAGGUUAUGAAGUCUAUGGUAGAGAGAAGAUUUGUAAUGGGUGCUUGGGCGGGUGUGGUCACUCCUGUGUAUCCUGUGUUUUGUCCUUUUUCUCAUCAAAUUUCACUGUGUAAAUUGGUAUGGCUGACUGACAGAAUGAUAGAAACGCAGCCCAAGUUCUGGCUGUGAGCAACAACAUUGCCAAGAUUUGUAGUAUGCAAAUUAUUUUGUGUAAAGCCUGACCUUGCUUGAGAUGGUGUUAAAGUCGAGUGCACAGACUAAUUUAUCAUUUUCCUAAUAAAGACUUCGACACGAUAAGAUGUUCUUCAUUUCAUACAUGCAAGCUUCAGUGC